AUGGCUAUCGUGUUGCACGAGUUCGGAAUCCUCUCAGAUAUCCUUCAAGCCUUUAGGGCUAAAGUCUCUUAUUUUAAUGACUUCAAUGUGAUCCUGACUCAUAUUAUCGUCACGGCCUACCGAAGAAGCUUCUUUUCACCGCACUACCUCUACGUCCUUGAAGAUGACGACAACAUCGAAGGCGACGCAACAAGCGCCAUGGACACGCACUAUGAAUACGACACAUCUACGUUCCACGGGAGGACUAUUGAUGAUAUUAUUUGUCUUUUUCGAGAAAGGGUUACCGGAAAGAAAGUAGCAACGAACGUGCUCUACAUUGCGGACGACCAGACGAUCAGGGAUCACAGCUUGCUCCUGGUUCAGAUUCAGCCUAAAGAGAAGGAUGAACCCUUUCUCAGUGUCCGACUCGCAUGUGAAUUCGUAAACCUAAUGGCGAGAUCUAUCUCAUGUCCCGAAUACCGAGGUUCAAUCCAGGAUAUUCAGAACGAGGUCGAUGACGAUGGCGUGUAUCGGGGUGGGAAAAAAAACCCUUACACAUACUGUGGGACACGGACUCUAUACCUAGAUAAACAAGAUGCGUUGGAAUAA